UGAUAACCAUAGAACCAGCAAUGUGUCUGGAUGUGCAAUACAAUUAAAUAUUUAUCAUAUAAGACGCCACUAGAUGGCAGUAUUACACCUUCCUGUUUGUAGUUUUACUUCAUUUUGCUUAUUUUUCUCAUUAUCUGCAUCCAGGUUUCUCCUCGCUCAUGAUUAGCGUAACGACCUUCAACGCGCCGCCAUCAUCACGGGGUGGCACCGGGCUUCCAUCAGGCUUCGGCGGAGCCUUUCGAGUACAAGAAACCGAUGAUGAAGUCUUUACCUGAAGUGUGAGUCAGGCAUUACUUCACUCCCAGCUGAACCUCUUCUUUUUGCCCCCCAGCCAUGUGGGAAGUGAGGCUGGCUUUGGCGGAUGCAGCCACGGGAUGACGCACGGCGUCGCCCCUCCGAACGAGACCGUUGCGAGGCACGUGGAAAUCAACCCGCGUGUUUCCAAACACCACCCUCCCUUUUUUGUGGUCGACUCGGAAUUCCAGUCGCCUGGAGGUCGGAUGCUCCAUUGAGGUGUCUUGGAGGCAACCUGGACUUGGACCGGCCCUCCGAGAGAUGAGGAAUGGGACGGUCAAGGUGUAGAACUUCUUCCCUCCACGCACACUUUUGGGAGUUUGUGACCGGAGGAUCUUGUUUUUUCUUCCCCGAGAAGCGGCCAAUAAUCUGGAUAAGCCUUUGAACAAGGACCCGCCUCAUGUUGCCCGGCCGUGCCGCUGUUGCCCCCGAGCCGGGACUCCUGCACCUCCGGCGACUCCUCCUCGGAGCCGUGCGCGUAAAAGGCGCACCGAGGUCCGCGUAGGAGUUGAAGGAAGGUGGGCUCUACCUUCUUCCGCUUCUCCCGCUUCUCCUCUUUUUGCCCCCCCUCCCUCUGUGUGCACUCAACGGAAGCAGGUGUAUUUGUGUGCAACGUCAAGAUGUCGCUGCUGCCUUCCAGGUUCUUUUACCUGUGUUUACAUUUCCUGGUCCUCUAUUUCCAACUACAGGAGUCCCAGCAGAGCUCCGCCGAUUUCAGGUUCUACAUCGAGAACCACACGAGGAACCCGGACGACCUGAGCCGCAAGCAGGUCCGCAUCUACCAGCUGUACAGCAGGACCACGGGCAAACACGUCCAGAUCCUCGGGAAGAAAAUCAACGCCAACGGAGAUGAUGGGGGCAAGUAUGCGCUCCUGGUGGUGGAGACGGAAACCUUCGGCAGCCAUAUUCGAAUCAAAGGCAAAGAGAGCGAGCAUUACAUCUGCAUGAACGAGAAGGGCAAAAUCGUUGGACGGCCCGACGGAAGGAAGCAGGAGUGCGUGUUUGUGGAGGAGUUCCUGGAGAACAACUACACGGCCCUGGUGUCGGCCAAGUACAAAGGCUGGUACCUGGGCUUCAACCGCAAGGGGCGGCCCAAGAAGGGCUCGCGGACCACUCAGCGCCAGCAGGAAGUCCACUUCAUGAAGCGCCACCCCAAGGGCCGGGAGAACCCGCUGGAGGAGUUUCGCUUCACGACAGUAACUAAGCGGACACGUAGGGCCCGGCGGCUAAAACCCAGGAGGAACUGACGGACCCGCGGCGGGACAGCACUCGGGAGGAGGGACGUUUUUUUUUGAAAGAACAAAUAAGAUGUUUUAUUUUUGUACUCUUGGACGCCUUGGUGGUUUUAUUUAUCGGAGACGUUUGAAACGGAGACGUUUGGACUGAGGUGCCGCACCGCCAUAAAAACUGGCCAAAUGGGAUUUAUUGGUUUUUGUUUGUGUUGCCCCUGACGACCAGGACGCCAUACUUUCCACUGGAUGGGGACGCCGUGGAGACGCAAAGGAUGACUGUGUUGCUUCGAGUGCAAUAUUUGACGCAUCUUUCUGGUGGGGGGAAGCGGGGGUUGGGGGUCAACCUCGGCGAUGGAAUGCGCUCAGCGACACGUCCACAUGUGCUUUUUCUUUAGCCCCUGACAACAAAUGCCAACGUCAAAUGGUCUUCCGUUCCGCCUUCACCCCCCCCGACUCAACCUCCAUCCAUGGACGCACUACUGGACUCGCCGCUCCACAAAAACGGACGGGAGCUUUUGGGGUGGGGGGGGUUUGUGAUGAAGACUUCCUCUACCUCCUUUUGUUAUGUCGUGUUGUCCACAACUCUUCUUCUUCACGGUCCACAGACUGGAAGACUGGAGUCUUUCUUCUCUCCGGUCGUGUGUACUCACCCGUCUACUGGCUGUUACUAACAACAUGACACAUUUAUGACCUUUUUUUUUUUUAAGAAAAAAAAACAAAUGUAAGCAAAAUAAUUUUAUGACUAUUAUUAAGAUAUUUAUUGCCUCCCCUUUGUAAAUAAAAUGUGAUAAGUUUUAUUUGGCCUCUGUUAAUAAAAUGAGGACUAUAUUUUAAAGAAAAGCUCAUUGAUGUCUUUAUUUAUGCUAACAUUCGCUAACAGUCUUCACUACAUCUUACUACUGCCCUCAGUGUCUUCUUGGAUAAAAUUGUUCUAGAUAAAAAAUAUUCCCCUUGAGUUUUUUCCACUCUCUUGCGGCCCACAGUCUCCUCUUGGAUCAAAUUUAUCUCCCGUUGUUGCCAUACAUCAUCCUGGUGCCCUUAGUCUCCAAAAAGCAAAAAUUCACUACAGUAGACCCUAAUUGUC